AUGGAGCAGAUUGCUAACCGAGGGGCCCACAACCUUGGACAAAGCACACUUGACACUGCUGCAGAGACUUCAUCAGCUAGCAACACUGCUUCCCAGGCUUUCAGCAUGAACCAAAUCGGUGCAGUGUGUCUCCCCCUGCUGUCUGAGAGUAAGAAGAUCAUCUGGGUGCACUCAGAUCAGAUCGACCAACAGGUGGACGGUGCUGCAGAGCUGAACAAGGCCUUUGACAGGUUCCCAUAUCUGACACGCAGACAGAUGACUGAGCUAGCACAGAGCUGCUCCCUGCAUCCAGAUCAAGUGAAGGUGUGGUUCAUGAAACGGAGGCUCCAGUGUGGCAUCAGCUGGGACCGUAGAGAUGUCGUGGAUGUCUGGAGGAAGUUCAAGACAAAUUCUCCAGGAAAGAAUGAGCAAAUAAACCUAACAAAGGGAAACGAAAAGGAGGACAGAAGAAAGAUGAAGCUACAGAAGAGGAAGGUAAAGGUCUCUGGAGAGAGGAAGGCAAAAGAGGUAAGGGAGGACCAGAGUGCAAAGGAGGGAGGAGUGAUUCUGAAAAAGCGUAAAAGGAUGGCAGUGACAGACAAGCUGGGAAAGAAGAGAAUCAAGCAAGAAAGUGAAGAAAGUGAGGGUAUGAUGGAGAGAGCUGGAAAAAUAGAAGCAAUGAGUGACGAAAGUAAGAGUGAGGGGCAAAAAUGCACUGAGCCAGAGGCAUCACGUUACGUUGAAAACAAGAAGAAGGUGAAAGUAGACAAGAGAUUCACGUCCAUCCAAGAGUGGCCUACACGCAAGAGCUUUGUGGAGCCUGAAAGGCCACUGGAACCUCUGCUCAUACCCCAGCCUCCAAACCAAACUUCAAAAGCUUCUCCACCAGGUGCCAACCAGACUGCUUUGCUGAAAGACAGCCCACCCUCCACUCGAAAUAUUCGUAAGACCUCCGCAAAGUCUCAGUCUCAGGUAGACAUGAUGAAAGCGUUUUUUUCCCACUGCCAGUAUCCAGAGCCUGAGCAGUACGACAGACUGGCAGAAGUGAUCGGCAUCUCCCGUCGCAUCUUGGUUCAGUGGUUUGGUGACAUGCGCUACUACAUGAAGAGAGGAAGGCCUUGGUGGAUGAAUCAGAAGACGUACAAGCAGGCGAUGGCCAACAUCAAAUACCAGCAAUAUGUGAAUGCGCUGGCACGUGAGCAAAGAUGA